AUGAUAUACGCCAAGGAACAGAUUGCUCUUCGAAAAGCAAAUGCAUACAAUAUCGCUCCGAGAACUUCCGAUGAAGCGAUAAAUAGUUGUCUGAUAUAUGAGAACGAAAAGUUUCGAUACUCGAGUUUAAAUCUUCAGUACUGGAUGCUGACCGCACGAUUAAUUCAGAAUGUGGGAAUAGGCAAUGACCUGUGGGGUUAUAAGACGAAAGGAUUGAAAUUGUCGACAGUGAUGAUGGGACACAUGGGCAAAUAUUUCAAUCGUAAGAGAACAUUAGAAUAUAUCAUUAAUAAUAGCAAUAUCAACGGUGUUCGCGAUUACAAUUUGGAUGAAGCCAAUAUAAAUGAGAAGGAUGACGAGGACAGCAUGAAAACGGAAACUGUGGAUUCAAGUGAUGACGGUGUAACGCCGCAGAUGUCAUCCUUGAGCUUCACCGAAAAUGAUGUGUUCAUAUUAAAGCCGCUAAUAUCCAUAGCUCAGGCAGCUCACGAAAGUGAUGAUAAGCGAUUGGGGAUACGUCAUGAACAUGGUGAUGAACACGAUUACUUCCAGCAAUAUAUAAAGAAUUUCGAUGACAAAAUGAAGUUGAUGAACGAAAAUCUGGAGAGUGUUGGACAUAAAGGUGAGCGGAAAAUAUUAGAUAGCACCUUGGGAAUAGGGAAAGAAUCACGGGAGCGAGGUAUACCACCUUUCUGGAUGUUUGGCGUGGCUUAG